CGGAAGUGCCGGACACACGUGUGUUUGUGAUCGGGUUCAUUCAUUGCAGGAGUUUAUAUGAAGUCCAGUGUGCUAAAACAUUAUAACUAAUCAUAAUUAAAGUGAUUAAAGGUCAUAAUGAUUAAAGAGAACCGCUGGAAUAUUCCCGUGAACGCUCCGGCGUGUAUGGAGAGACAUUUAGAUGCGGUAGAUUACAGAAGCGAUGGCACGUUGCUGUUGGCGGCGUCCAGUCUGUCGGGUCGCUGCUGGCAGGGCUCAGUGUGGGUGUACAGUGACCCUAAACUUGCCCCGAGUGAGGGCUUCUGUAAGACAGGAGUUCAGACUGAAGCUGGAGUCACUGACGCUCACUGGAUAUCAGACAGAGCCGUGCUGCUCGCGUCAGACGCCGGUUCAGUUGAAUUAUGGGAGCUGUCUGAAGACGAGCGUCUGCUGGUGAACCGAUUCAGUCGUGAUGAACAUGAUGAUGUGGUGACGGCGGUCAGUGUGACUGCGGGGCGACAGCACGCGGUGAGCUGCAGUAUGGACAGCAGAAUUAAAGUGUGGGAUCUGAACCAGGAGACUGUGAUCAGCUCAUAUAAUGCUCACUCUCUGCCGGUCACUUGUGUUUCGUGUUCUCCUGUGGACGAGUCUCUCUUCCUGUCCUGCGCUCAAGACGGCCGACUGCUGAUGUGGGACAGACGCAAACCCAAACCAGCUACACGCCUGGACGUGGUUUCCCCAAGCUGCUGUCCUACUGCCGUCGUCUGGCACCCUCAUCAAAGCAACACCAUUGCAUACGGUGAUGAACUGGGGCGAGUGACUGUGAAAGAUCUGCAGGCGUCAGACGCCGAACAGACAAUAAACGUUCACACUCGCCGAGUUUCAAGACUGGCGUUCUCAUCGGACAGUUCCCCCCUUUUGGCCUCUAUCAGCGAUGAUUGCUCCACUGCCGUGGUUACUGCAGAGCUCAGAGAAAUUUUCAGGGACAGACGACACCAGGAUUUUGUGCGAGGUGUGUGCUGGGUUCCUGGCGGGUCGGGCGUGUUGACCACCGUCGGCUGGGACCAUCAGGUGCUUCAUCACAGUCCCACUCAGCAAUCAUCAGCGUCAUAGAGCAUCAUGGGAUACCAACACACUUCAUUCUCAUAUUUGUUCACCAGUGCCGUUUCACCAUCAGAUAAUUCACAUGUAAUGAUCAUGAUUUUUGAAAUGCAGAACGUAUGAUGUUUACAUGUCCUAUUAGCAGAAAACACCUGUUCGUAUUUGUUUGAAGAACAGAAAUGUGCAUGAAUGCUGAUAGUUUUUGUGUAUUACGCUUUAUUUUCAUGUCUUCUUGUAUUCUAGCAAACAAACAUUUUGUACAUUUUGCUCCAUUGAGAUAAAAACAUUAAUUGUUCAA